CAGUUUUGCUUACUGGUUGUCGCGUCGGCUCGUCUCCUUGAUCAGCUGACGAUUUCGUUUUCUCUCUAUUUGAUUGCGGCGUGGCGCCUCCCUACAUGUAAUAGAUUAAAUACCCAACACCUGGCGUAUCCUGUCCAUCGAGCACCUCUGCUCAAUCCAAAACUGACAAAGCUUUCUCAUCCCUCUCCACCAUGUCGACUUCUAAGGAUAUCCCAACGUACGAUAGCCUCCGCUCUUCUGGCACCAUCGUUCUGUCCUCUAUGGACAUGUUGCGAGUGCGCUUGUCGCUCUUUGGGCCUUUGGAGUCUUCAAUCGAAGUUGCGGACACCCUCGACCAAGACUCUAAAUGUGAACCAUACACCACCGACGGUCAUUCCUUUCACAAGAUCUCCACCUCGCCCGCAACGGAACCACCGGUCUCGUCUAUCAGCGUAAACGUAGAUGAUCUAGACACAUGGGGAUACAGAUGGGAAGGAGAGCAUCGAGACGAUAACUGGGACAAUCAAGAGUGGACCGGAGACUCAGAUGAUGAAGAUCGGGACCUUUUGCGCUGCUGCGGCAUUGCUUGCCCACCACCUCCGCCGUCCCUCGAGGUGCUGCCUACUACGCAUCCCUUCGUUACCGUACACGACUACAUCACUCAAGUCCACGCUUGGCUUCAAACUCUUAAACCAAGUAUCCUGGCAGCUAUAGACGGGUUGAGUUCCCCAUCAACAAGACUUUACAGUAGCUUUGUGAUCCUGAGGGUCUUGAUGUUCGAGGAAGAAACACGGGCGGGAAGACUGUGGGAAUCAGUUGAGCGACAUGUACGACGACACAGAGGCGGCACGACGCGUUCUUGAUUACGCUAUCAUAACAUGGUAUUGGUUCUAAUGAUCAAAUC